AUGGCGCCAGUGAAAAAGCUUGUGGCCAAGCGGGGCAAAAAAAGGAAGCGGGUUUUGAAGUUUACUCUUGACUGCACCCAUCCUGUAGAAGAUGGAAUCAUGGAUGCUGCCAAUUUUGAGCAGUUCCUCCAGGAGAGAAUCAAGGUGAAUGGGAAAGCUGGGAAUCUUGGUGGAGGGGUUGUGAGCAUCGAACAGAGCAAGAACAAGAUCAUUGUCACCUCUGAGGUGCCUUUCUCCAAAAGGUACUUGAAAUAUCUCACCAAAAAAUAUUUGAAGAAGAAUAAUCUUCGAGACUGGUUGCGUGUUGUCGCCAACAGCAAAGAGAGUUAUGAUUUGCUUUACUUCCAGAUUAGCCAGGAUGAAGAGAAGAAGGAGGAUUAA